GUUGAUAAUGACAGUCCCAGUGGCCGUGGUGUAUCCCGUGGGGCUGUGGAGGUGUCGUGCGGGGCCGGCGGUGCGCUGCGUGUACGCCCCGCUGCUGAGAGCGAGUGGCUUACAUGCGGUGCGGGCAGCCGUGUGUCUGCAUGUGGAAAGUACGCAGACCUCUGCCGCCAGCGUACCGCAAGUGUAAAUGAUUACACAGCGACAACAACAAGAAGAAGAAGAACAACAACAACAACAACUACUACUGCUAAUGGGCAGCCAAAGGCAGUGAUGGCGAUACUUAAUCCUAUAAUCGGUAUUAAUGAUGGUGAUACUACGGGUUUAUUUGAAGAGGUGGGUAUGUUUUCUUCUGCAGGAAGUGGUACUGUGCAAAGACGAAGUGAUGAGACGGGAAAUGAGCAGUUGAAUUCCAAUGUUAUUCCCCAAACGGAUAACAGUCUGCGUCCCGUUGGAAGUUCCUCUGGGGCUGAAGGAUUGCUGUCAGGUAAUACUGGAGCUAAUGGAAGUUCAGUAGGAGACGUUAGAGCUCCAGAGUUGGCGUCUAAAGUAGCUGGUGCUGGCACACCAAACUCUGUGGAAACGCAUCCUGAAUCACACUCAGUCGUAACAUCUACUCUAACUACAUCCUCACCUGGAGAUCUAGGACCAAAACCGAGUAAGCCACAAGAUGUGUCUCCAACACCUCCAGCAAGCAGUAAUGUCAAUGAUGAUGCCACAUCACAGCAACGUUCUCUACCUACUGCGAGUACUGUACCCAGUGAUGGUAAUUCCGGUAACCAUUCUACUGCAGAAGCAAGCGCGACUACAACCAACUCUAAUACUACCCAGGUACCAACAGUUACCAGAACGCAAAUCCACAAUGCAGGGUCUAAUGCACCUACAGAAGAUAAUCAAGGGGCAGCGAUCAACGCAACUGAUAACAGUACACCUGCCCACUCUAAUGCUACCCAGCACUCUCCUUCACCUGUUGAUGUAACUGCCGUACCAGAAUCACAAGAAACCAAUACCACUACUCUGCCGAGCACCGAUAACACUACCACCACCACCACCACAGAAGCACCAACCACCACUCUAUCUCCUGUUCCCGUAACUGACUCACAGAUCAGCAGCGUUGCCUCUAAUAUGCAGAAAAAGGCUAAUGCUGACAGCAGUGUCAGUUCUGUGUGGAUGCGCACUGCAGCACCGCUGCUGAUUGUGGCUGUGUUGUUCUCCGUUACCGUGUACUGA